AUGAAUUCCGUUAUCGCCAGACACUCGAUCCUUCGGGCGACCACUCCGCUACGAUCACAAUCCAUCCAUCGGUCACAACUCUCGGCAUUUUCACGGCUGCUCUCUACCCUUGCGGUUCUCGAACAGCGCGAUGGAAAGAUCCAAUGUUCCUCUCUCUCGGCAAUUACUGCUGCACAGAAAUUGGGAGGCUCGGUGACAGCGUUUGUGGCGGGGGGUGGUGUGAAAAACGGUGCAGCGGCGGAGGCUUCAAAGAUCAAGGGUCUGGAUAAGGUCCUUGCGGUGGACAAUGCGGCCUAUGAUAAGGGAUUGCCUGAGAACUACGCCCCGCUUCUCGUCGAGAACAUCAAAAAAGAAGGAUUCACACACGUCAUCGCCAGUCACAGUGCUUUUGGCAAGACUAUUUUACCUCGAGUUGCGGCCCUUUUGGACGUCCAGCAAAUAUCUGAUAUCACUGCCAUUGAAAGUGAGGAUACCUUUGUCCGACCAAUCUAUGCCGGAAAUGCUAUCCUUACCGUCCAAUCCACGGACCCCGUGAAGGUCUUAACUGUCCGAGGAACAGCAUUUCAAGCCGGCGAGAUAACAGGCGGUACAGCGGAAGUCGUUGAUGGCGCGGACCCUAAAGCGCUAUUACUAACAGAAUGGGUAUCAGAGGACUUGGCCAAGUCUGACCGCCCCGAUCUUGGCACUGCUUCCCGCGUCGUCUCUGGAGGACGGGGCCUUAAAUCGAAAGAGGAAUUCGACAGACUGAUGCCCCCACUUGCGGACGCUUUGGGUGCUGCUAUUGGUGCCUCUCGCGCUGCCGUAGAUAGCGGGUUCGCCGAUAACAGUCUUCAGGUCGGCCAGACCGGUAAAAACGUUGCUCCUGAACUAUACCUUUGCGCGGGUAUCUCUGGAGCGAUCCAGCAUCUUGCCGGUAUGAAAGAUAGCAAGGUUAUUGCUGCAAUUAACAAGGAUCCCGACGCGCCUAUCUUCCAGGUUGCAGAUGUCGGAUUGGUGGGGGACUUAUUCGAGAAAGUUCCCGAGUUGACAGAGAAGUUGAAGAAGUAA